GCAUACAUAACCUCAAAAACUCACGUCGUGCAUCUUUUGCACGGUCGGUUUUGUUGUUUAUAAAUACAGAAAACAGUUUAAUUUUAAUUUAGUUCGUAAGUGAGAAAAUAAACAAUCUUCAAAAAUGGCUGAACAAGUGAAUCAACGUAUAGAAGAUAUGAUAAAUGAGUUAGAGCAGAUGCGAAGAACGAAUUUGUAUGAUGAAGAAGAAAUAAAAGAAAUAUCCCGAAAACGCAAAGAAUUCGAGUAUAAAGUGCAGCGGAGAAUCAAAGAGAAGGACGACUAUGUACAGUACAUUGCUUACGAGCUUGCCUUACUUGAAGACAUCUCGCUCAGACGCAAGAUGCACAAACUAGGAGAGAAGAAAAAAGAUUUAGAGUAUGCUAUCGCUAAAAGAUUGAACAAAUUGUUCAAGCAAUUCAUUUACAGAUAUCAAAAUGAAGUGGAGGUGUAUUUUGAGUACAUCAAGUUUUGCAGGAGUGUUGGGUUCGAUUCUGCUGUCUCUGGCAUCAUUGGUCAGAUGCUACAGAUUCAUGGAGAUAAGGCAAAAAUGUGGCAGAUGGCAGCCAAAUGGGAGAGUAAGGAACAGAAUAACCUGGAGAGUGCAAGGAGUUUUCUCCUCAAAGGUAUCCACAGGCAUCCUGAAUCAGACAUUCUUUACCUGGACCUGUUUGAAAUUGAACUAAUGCUGGCUUUCAAGACAAAGGAUGAAGAAGAAAGGGCUAAGUUUUUGAAAAGAGCAGAUGUCAUAUGGAAGAAUGGAGCAGAGAAUAUCAAUGAUUUAUCAUUCCUCUUCAAAUUGUGUGAUAUUACAAUUAAAUAUGACGUUGAAGACAAUACAAAGGAAGUCAAAGGGGAAAUAUGGGAAAAACGAAGUAAUAAAGAGGUUUGGAGUUACAUCGCUACCAUGGAGUUGAGAGGUUGCCACUGGGAACAGAUAGAAGAAUUUACAGAUGAUGAGAAUAAUUUCUCAAAGGAAGUAAACUACUAUGUCGCUGUUUAUGAAGAGGCUUUGCAACGGUUCCCAGAAAAUAAUUUAUGCACUAAAUAUAUUCAUGGACUUCUCUCAGUCAGUGAAUCAAUUUGUACUGAUGUCCAGAAAUUGAGUGCGGUGAAACAUGCAUGGUUGAAUGGGCAUGAGAGCGGACUGCUCUCAGAAGACAUGUUUGCAUUUGGCUUUGAAAUGUUGAAGUUGGAGAAUGAAACAUCCCAGGAUGAGUUGAUGGAGAUUCUAGACACGGCUUCUAAGUACAAUCCAAAAGCCAGAUACAUUUGGGAAGAGAAGCUAAAGCUAAAUAAAUCCAAUGAGAAGAAAGUCCUCACUGUACUACAAGACGCAAGCAAAGUAUUGAAAUCUGAUGAUACUUUGCACCUUUGGAAUCUAGUACUUGAUAACAUUGAUUCUAAAGAUAUGUUGCAGAAUUUCUACAAAAGAUUCAAGAAUUGUGAGAAUUCUACUCUUUUGUCUAUUAAACCAAAACUACUUGAGAAAAUGUAUGAGCAUAUAGGGUUAAAAGCAGCCAGGGAAUUGUAUGAAGAGUUGAUCAGAACACCACCAACUCAGGUUGAGCUUCACAAAGUUAUGAUUGAUAUUGAAAAAUCUCAAGAGAAGCCCAAUGCAAAAUGCAUUAGGAAAUGCUAUGAGUGUUCCGUUCAAUAUCAUGGGACGGAUAAUGUUGAAGUAUGGGUGGAUUACAUGAAGUUUGAAACAGAAAAUGGCAGCAUUCAAGCUGUACCAGCUAUAUACAGAAGAGCCAUUGCAACACUGAAGAGAGAAUUAGUUGAUGAGUUUAUUAAAGUUCAGACUUUAGCCAAGUUGAAAUAAAUAUGUAAAUGUAUAUUAAGCAAAUUAAUAAACAAAAUUAAUUUAA